AUGACAAAUCCGGUCCGAUGGCUGUUCUCCACUAACCACAAGGAUAUCGGUACUCUAUAUUUCAUCUUCAGUGCCAUUGCUGGAGUGAUGGGCACAUGCUUCUCAGUACUGAUUCGUAUUGAAUUAGCCCGACCCGGCGAUCAAAUUCUUGGUGGGAAUCAUCAACUUUAUAAUGUUUUAAUAACGGCUCACGCUUCUUUAAUGAUAUUUUUUAUGGUUAUGCCGGCGAUGAUAGGUGGAUCUGGUAAUUGGUCUGUUCCGAUUCUGAUAGGUGCACCUGACAUGGCAUUUCCACGAUCAAAUAAUAUAUCAUUCUGGUUGUUGCCACCAAGUCUCUUGCUCCUAUUAAGCCCAGCCUUAGUAGAAGUGGGUACCGGCACUGGGUGGACGGUCUAUCCGCCCUUAAGUGGUAUUACCAGCCAUUCUGGAGGAGCAGUUGAUUCAGCAAUUUCUAGUCCUCAUCUAUCAGGUGUUUCAUCCAUUUUAGGUUCCAUCAAUUUUAUAACAACUAUCUCCAACAUGCGUGGACCUGGAAUGACUAUGCAUAGAUCACCCCUUUUUGUGUGGUCCGUUCUAGUGACAGCAUUCCUACUUUUAUUAUCACUUCCGGUACUGGCAGGGGCAAUUACUAUGUUAUUAACCGAUCGAAACUUUAAUACAACCUUUUCUGAUCCUGCUGGAGGGGGAGACCCCAUAUUAUACCAGCAUCUCUUUCGGUUCUUCGGUCAUCCAGAGGUGUAUAUUCCCAUUCUGCCUGGAUCCGGUAUUAUUAGUCAUAUCGUAUCGACCUUUUCGGGAAAACCGGUCUUCGGGUAUUUAGGCAUGGUUUAUGCCAUGAUCAGUAUAGGUGUUCCUGGAUCUCUUGUUCGGGCUCAUCAUAUGUUUACUGUGGGCUUAGACGUUGAUACGCGUGCCUACUUCACCGCAGCUACCAUGAUCAUAGCUGUCCCCACUGGAAUCAAAAUCUUUAGUUGGAUCGCUACCAUGUGGGGAGGUUCGAUACAAUACAAAACACCCAUGUUAUUUGCUGUAGGGUCCAUCUUUUUGUUCACCAUAGGAGGGCUCACUGGAAUAGUUCUAGCAAAUUCUGGGCUAGACAUUGCUCUACAUGAUACUUAUUAUGUGGUUGCACAUUUCCAUUAUGUACUUUCUAUGGGAGCCGUUUUUGCUUUAUUUGCAGGAUUUUACUAUUGGGUGGGUAAAAUCUUUGGUCGGACAUACCCUGAAACUUUAGGCCAAAUCCAUUUUUGGAUCACUUCUUUCGGGGUUAAUCCGACCCUCUUUCCCAUGCAUUUCUUAGGGCUUUCGGGUAUGCCACGUCGCAUUCCAGAUUAUCCAGAUGCUUACGCCGGAUGGAAUGCUCUGAGCAGUUUCGGCUCUUAUAUAUCCGUAGUUGGGAUUCGUCGUUUCUUCGUGGUCGUAACAAUCACUUCAAGCAGUGGAAAGAACAAAAGAUGUGCUCCAAGUCCUUGGGCUGUUGAACAGAAUCCAACCACACCGGAAUGGAUGGUACAAAGUCCUCCAGCCUUUCAUACUUUUGGAGAACUUCCUGCUAUCAAGGAGACGAAAAGCUAUGUGAAGUAA